AUGUCUGUUUCCGGACCGUCUGAUUUAGGAAAAAUCAACCAAAUGAGGAGUGAAUCUACGGUGUUGGGUCCCAUGAACAAGAUUCUUGUGGCCAACCGUGGUGAAAUUCCAAUCAGAAUCUUCAGAACAGCCCACGAGUUGUCGAUGCAAACAGUUGCCAUUUACUCCCAUGAGGACAGAUUAUCUAUGCACAGAUUGAAAGCCGACGAGUCGUACGUGAUUGGUAAAAAAGGACAAUACUCACCUGUGCAAGCCUACUUGCAAAUUGACGAAAUCAUCAAUAUUGCUAAGAAACACAACGUCAAUAUGAUUCACCCAGGUUAUGGUUUCCUUUCGGAGAACUCCACUUUUGCCCGCAAAGUCGAGGAAGCAGGAAUCGCUUGGAUUGGCCCUUCGUACAAGACCAUUGACUCUGUUGGUGACAAGGUCUCAGCAAGAAACUUGGCUUUGGCUAACAACGUACCUGUUGUUCCAGGUACAGAUGGCCCUAUUGACACGACCGAAGAAGCUGUGGCUUUCGUGCAGAAGUAUGGCUAUCCUGUGAUUAUCAAAGCAGCUUUCGGUGGAGGUGGACGUGGUAUGAGAGUUGUCAGGGAGGGCGACUCCAUCGAAGAUGCUUUCAACAGAGCAAAAUCUGAGGCCUUAACAGCCUUUGGUAAUGGUACGUGUUUCAUUGAACGUUUCUUGGACAAGCCAAAGCACAUCGAAGUUCAAUUGCUUGCCGACAACUAUGGGAACGUUAUUCACUUGUUUGAAAGAGACUGUUCGGUGCAAAGAAGACAUCAAAAGGUUGUCGAAAUUGCCCCAGCUAAGAACUUGCCAAGGUCCGUCAGAGAUGCUAUCUUGACUGAUGCUGUCACUUUGGCAAAGUCUGCAAACUACAGAAACGCAGGAACUGCAGAAUUCCUUGUGGACGAGCAAAAUAGACACUACUUUAUUGAAAUCAACCCUAGAAUUCAGGUUGAACACACCAUUACGGAAGAAAUCACGGGUGUUGACAUUGUUGCUGCCCAGAUCCAGAUUGCCGCCGGUGCUUCUUUGCAACAAUUGGGUUUAUUACAAGACAAGAUCACUACGCGUGGUUUUGCGAUCCAGUGCAGAAUUACUACCGAAGAUCCAGCUAAAGGUUUCCAACCAGAUACUGGUAAGAUCGAAGUGUAUCGUUCUGCUGGUGGUAAUGGAGUUAGAUUGGAUGGUGGUAACGGGUUUGCUGGUGCCGUCAUUUCCCCCCACUACGACUCGAUGUUGGUGAAGUGCAGCUGCUCUGGUUCCACAUAUGAGAUUGCCAGACGGAAGAUGUUGAGAGCCUUGAUUGAGUUCAGAAUUAGAGGUGUUAAAACCAAUAUUCCGUUCUUGUUGACUUUACUUACCAACGAAACUUUUAUUAAUGGUGACUGCUGGACUACUUUCAUUGAUGACACUCCAUCUUUAUUCCGUAUGGUUUCUUCGCAGAACAGAGCUACGAAAUUGUUAAACUACCUUGGAGAUUUGGCUGUCAACGGUUCUUCAAUCAAAGGACAAGUGGGCGUUCCUAAGCUCACGACUGAUGUUUUGAUUCCUGUUUUACACGAUCCGCAAACGGGUAUUGCCAUUGAUGUCGACAGUCCUGUUCAACCAAGAGGUUGGAGACAGGUUCUUCUCGAACUUGGCCCCGAGAAAUUCGCACAGCAAGUGAGAAAGUUCAAUGGUACCUUGAUUACAGACACCACUUGGAGAGAUGCUCAUCAAUCUUUGUUGGCCACCCGUGUUAGAACAGUCGACUUGUUAAACAUUGCUCCAACAACCGCUUAUGCUUUGAACGGUGCAUUUUCCUUGGAGUGCUGGGGCGGUGCCACUUUUGAUGUCAGUAUGAGAUUCCUUUACGAGGACCCUUGGGCUCGGUUAAGAAAGUUAAGGGAGUUGGUGCCAAACAUUCCAUUCCAGAUGUUGUUAAGAGGCGCGAAUGGUGUCGCCUACUCUUCUUUGCCAGACAAUGCCAUCGACCAAUUUGUUAAACAAGCCAAGGAUAAUGGAGUGGACAUUUUCAGAGUGUUUGAUGCUCUUAAUGACUUGGAGCAAUUGAAGGUGGGUGUUGAUGCGGUUAAAAAGGCUGGCGGUGUUGUGGAGGCGACAGUAUGCUACUCUGGUGACAUGUUGAAGGAGGGCAAGAAGUACAAUUUGGAUUAUUACAUGAAUGUUGUGGACCACAUUGUCGAAAUGGGAACUCACUUUUUGGGUAUCAAGGACAUGGCCGGUACCAUGAAACCUAAGGCUGCUUCUCUUUUAGUAGGCACCAUAAGAGCCAAAUAUCCAGACUUGCCAAUUCAUGUUCACACACAUGACUCGGCUGGAACUGCUGUUGCAAGUAUGGAUGCUGCUGCUAGAGCAGGCGCUGAUGUCGUGGAUGCUGCUUCCAAUGCGAUGUCUGGUAUGACCUCUCAACCUUCCAUUAGUGCGUUACUUGCCUCAUUUGAAGGCGAAGUUGUUCACGGCUUGAACGAGGACUUGGUCAGAGAGUUGGACAAUUACUGGGCGCAAAUGAGAUUAUUGUACUCCUGUUUCGAAGCAGAUUUGAAGGGUCCAGACCCAGAAGUAUACCAACACGAGAUUCCAGGAGGCCAGUUGACUAACUUGCUCUUCCAGGCCCAACAAUUGGGAUUGGGUGAAAAGUGGUUGUUGACUAAGGAGAAGUACAAGAUUGCGAACAAGAUUUUGGGUGAUGUGGUGAAGGUCACUCCAACAUCGAAGGUCGUGGGUGACUUGGCCCAGUUCAUGGUAUCCAACAAUUUGUCCGAAGAAGAUGUGAUCAAAUUGGCACCAGAGUUAGAUUUCCCAGAUUCAGUGUUAGACUUUAUGGAAGGUUUAAUGGGUACUCCAUACGGUGGCUUCCCAGAGCCAUUGAGAACAAACAUGUUGGGCAAUAAGAGACCAAAGUUGGACAAGAGACCUGGUUUGACAUUGGCUCCUGUUGACUUUGCUAAGGUGAAGGAAGAGUUGACAUCCCGCUAUGGUGGAAACAUCACGGAAUGUGAUAUUGCUUCUUACGUCAUGUACCCUAAGGUUUAUGAGGACUACCGCAAGAUUCUUGAGAAGUAUGGUGACUUGUCCGUUUUGCCAACCCGCUAUUUCUUGAAGCCUUUGGAGAUCAACGAAGAAAUUGUGGUUGAGAUCGAACAAGGUAAGACUUUGAUUAUCAAAUUAUUGGCUGUGGGUGAAAUCUCGAAAAAGACUGGUACUCGCGAAGUCUUCUUUGAAUUGAACGGUGAAAUGAGAUCAGUCACCAUUGACGACAAGAACGUUUCAAUUGAAAACAAGACUAGACCAAAGGCUACGCAACCAAAUGAUGUUGGUGCACCAAUGGCCGGUGUUAUCAUUGAGAUCAGAGUCAAGAAGGAUCAAGAAGUGAAGAAGGGUGACCCUGUUGCUGUCUUGAGUGCCAUGAAGAUGGAAAUGGUUAUUAGUGCUCCUGCUGCCGGUAAAGUGGGCGAGUUGCAAGUCAAAGAAAGCGAUUCUGUGGAUUCGGGUGACUUGAUCACAAACAUCCUUAAGUAA